GAGUUACCCGAAGAGGAGCUGGGAGCACCUGAUGGUUGAAACUUUGGGACAGUCCGCUCCUUGUUUCUGGCUUCUUAACUGUCGGGAGAUCAAUCUACCUCCAAUAUUAAGAAUAAUAAAACUCGUUUUUUGACCCAAAGAAGCGCCGAUAAGGAGACUUUUGCACUUUAUCUCUAUUUUACAGUUCAUUUCAUUGUGUUUUGCACUAACAAUGCACACCACGCAGAAGGACACGACCUACACGAAGAUCUUUGUGGGGGGUCUUCCCUACCACACCACGGACUCCAGUCUCAGGAAAUAUUUCGAGGUUUUUGGGGAGAUUGAAGAAGCGGUGGUUAUUACCGACAGGCAGACCGGCAAGUCCAGAGGUUAUGGAUUUGUCACGAUGGCGGACCGCUCUGCUGCAGACCGGGCCUGCAAAGACCCCAACCCAAUCAUCGAUGGCAGGAAGGCUAACGUCAACCUGGCCUACCUGGGCGCCAAGCCUCGCAUGAUGCAGCCAGGUUUUGCCUUUGGUGUUCCCCAGAUUCACCCAGCGUUCAUCCAGCGGCCAUAUGGCGUCGCGACCCACUAUGUGUACCCUCAGGCCUUCGUUCAGCCCAGCGUGGUCAUCCCUCACGUGCAGCCCGCAGCCGCUGCGCCUGCCACCGCCUCCUCCCCGUACAUGGACUACACCGGAGCCGCCUACGCCCAGUACUCUGCAGCAGCCAGCGCAGCAGCCGCCGUGGCCUACGAGCAGUAUCCUUACGCCGCGUCACCAGCUGCCCCGGGAUACAUGGCCACCACCGGCUACGGCUUCGCUGUCCAGCAGCCUUUAGCCACCGCUGCCCCGGGCUCGGCAGCCGCUGCAGCCGCGGCCUUCGGCCAGUACCAGGCUCAGCAGCUGCAAGCCGACCGCAUGCAAUAGCACCAACUGCAGCAGUCGCACAAGCAGAGACGGAGGCGCACCCCCAGCCACAGCUGACGCAUUACAAGGAGACAAGAAGAAAAGAGCGGCUGUGCAGAGUUUCUUUAAAAGCUGAUGAUGAUGGUGAUGACAAUAGCGAGGUGGAAACUUUGUUUAGUAACUUUCCAACUUGCUGUGUUUUAACCAAAAAAAAAAAGCAUAAAAGGACAAAAAAGCUGCAGAACAAACAGUGCAAACGAUUGACUCUGAUCACUGUUAUUGAUCAUUAUUAUUAUUAUUGUGUUAGAGUACUUAUUU